AUGCCCCGACACAAAGGACACGAGCGUGGCGGUGGAAGCCAUGGCGGACGGGGCAAGGGCGGGGCGCAGCUGUCGUUCUCGGCCUUCUCCGCGAAAGGCUUCUCGCCGCAGACGGCUGCCGAGGGAGUGCUGGCGGAGGCGACGGCGGACGAUGUGGCGAACAGCAUGCUGCCGGCGCUGGAGCGGAUGACCAAGCACGCGUCGACUUCGCUGGUGGGCAAUCUCUACGACAACCACUCGACCUUUAUCGGCAUCUCGCUGCACAUCGAGGAGCUCCGGACUGCCUCGGCUACUCUCCGCUCGUCGCUCUCGGGCUUCUCCCACGCCCUCGAUGACGUCGCCGCCUCCUUUCCCGACCUCGCUGAGCCGCACGAUGCUGCUGCUGCUGCGCUGCGCCGUCAUGAUGCCCGUGGUGCAGCUGCAGGGCUUUUGCCCGAGCUUGCUGCCCUCCUUGCUCUUCCGGACGAGCUGGAGGCUCUGCUUGCUGAGCGCCGCCUGGCCGAUGCGGUGGAGAAAGUUCUCGCAGCCCGCGCUCCACCGGCAGCCGCGUCGCCGGUGUAUCCCUACAUCAAGGAUCGAAUUGAUGCUGUGGCUGUCCAGCUUGUCGCCGCGCUCGUUGACGACGCCUCGCCCGACGCAGUCCCGCUUCUUGUCCGGCUCGGCGAGAUCGCCCGCGCUCAGCGGGUCCUCCUCGCGGCCGCCGACGCCGAGCUAGCCGCCGCACUUGCCUGCAUUCGCUUUAGCGGCAAUCUCGUCGGCUACGUCCGCGCUUUGGCUGGCGAGGUCUUUGGCGCUGUUGCGCGGACCGCCGAGCGCUACCAUGCUGCCUUCACUCAUCCGCAUGCUGCGUCGGCCCUCCUUGCCUGGGCCACGCACCAGGUGACGGACUUUGCAGCCUCGUUUGAGCGGCUUGUUUUCUCGGCCUCCGAGUAUGCAGUCAUCGCCCAGUGUAUGGAGGUGGCUCUGGAUGCAGCGCGGGCCGAUGCCGACUGCGGCCUCUCGCUCGAGUUUUUCCUCCACUCGGCGCUUGGCAAGGCGCUUGAGACGUUGGUCGAGGCGGUGUUGGACAAGGCUAAGCCGGUGCUUGACGCGUAUGUUGCGUCCGAGAAGUGGAACUCUCGCGAGAUGCGCGUCAUGGAGGGCGAGAGCUCGACCGUAGUCAAGCUCUCCGAGUCGGCCAAGUACGUCUACCUCUGCCUUUCGAAGUUUGUCUCGGACGUCUCUGCUGUUGUCCGACCCUCGCUCUGCGGCUGCGUCGUCGGCUCGAUCGUCUCGUUUGUUGAGAGCUAUGUGGCUACGCUCGCCCGCGCGCUGUCGAGCCCCGAGGCUUCAGGCUCUGCCCGCUGGGCGACCGACAAGCAGGCGUUUGUUAUGAUGGGCAACGUUGCGUCGCUCGGCUUUGAGCUUGUGCCCAAGCUCACCUCGCGGCUGGCAGCACUAUUUGGAGCGGAUCGUGUCAGCCUCCUCCUCGCCCUGGCGACUCGUCUCCAAGCUGCGGUCGACGAGCUCGUCGACGCCUUUGCCGCCGUCCGGGCCUCCUUCCUCCUCUCGUCCAAGCUAGGGUGGGCAUCGGACGUCGCCGCCUACACCACCUCGACGGUCUCGCACGCCGACGCCGAGCCGAGCCGCGCGAUGAGCCAGCUCUUUGUUUACCUAGCCAAGAUGGGACUUGCCCUCGAGGCCCAUCUCGACGGCGAGAUGGCCUCGAGCAUGGAGUUUGCCACCGGCCCGCGAACCUUUGGUUUUGGCGGCCUUCAGCAGUUUGUUCUCGAUCUGCGUUUCUUUGCUGCCGCCGUCGCGCUUCGCGAGCCCGAGGUUGCCGACCGCGUAGCCGGCCAUGUCGAGGCUGCGGUCUCCGCCGCUGUUGCUUCCUACGCGGCGUCGUCAGGCAACGACCCGUCGGACGUUCUCAAGUCGACAUCGUGGUUUAACGAUCGGGUCGGUGCCGGGCUUGACGGCCUUCGCCGCCAUGGCUGGGUCCGCUAG